GGCUCGAGCCAUUUGGGCCCGCCUCCUCUCGGCGCACCGCGCUCCUCUCGGCGCACCGCAUUGCGCCUCUCGGCGGCCACCGCGCCCCGCCCGGGAGACCCUAUAAGAGGCGCGCCCCCUGGGCGCCACUGCGCCGCCAUGCCGGCGGACUGCGGCGCCGAGUCGCGGGGCGUCGGCGCCGCGGGCGUGCCGCGCGCGGUGGUCGCGCGGCUCGCGCUGCUCGCGGGCGGCGCGGGCCUGCUCUUCGGGGUGGACCUCGGCGGCAUCGGCGGCGCGCUGGCGGGCAUGGAGGAGGACCUGGGCGUGGUCGGCGCGCAGGUGCAGCUGGUGGUGUCCGUGGCCAGGGCCGGCGCCGUGCUGGGCUGCCUGCUCGGCGGCAGCCUCGCGGCCGUCCGGGGGAGGCGGGCCGCCAUCGAGGCGGCGGUGCUCCCGUUCGUGUUGGGCCCCCUGGCGAUCGUCUGCUGCCGCAGCGUGCACGCGGCGGUCGUGGGGCGCCUCGUGCUCGGGGUGGGGCUGGGGAUUGCCACCGUGUCGACGCCGCUGUACCUCAGCGAGGUUUCCCCGCCGGCCAUCAGAGGGCAGCUGGUGUCGCUGUUCGAGCUCGCGAUAGCGCUCGGGUUCCUGCUGGCAGCCUUUGCCGUCUGGGCGAUCGAGGAGUACGUGGCGCCAUGCCCCGGCGGCUGCUGGCGCUACCAGGCUGGAGUGCUCCCUCUCUGCAUGGCCGUCCCCCUGGCACUGGCGGUGCGGUUGGUGCCGGAGUCUCCUCGGUGGCUGCUCUCGAGCUCGUGCAGGCGGCCAGAUAGGUUCGUGGUCGCGCUGGAGGCGAUGCUGAGUGUCGGCCGGUGGGAGGCUGGAGAGCGGCUGAGGCGUGCCGGAUGGGCCGACAGGAAAGAGGGCAGCGAUGAGGAGCAUCUGACCGCCAGCACAGAGGGCAGCGCAGACGACCUGGUCGUUCUAUGGGACGAGCAGCACGCGGCGGCGGGGUCGCCCCUGUGGGCGGAGGCAGAGACAGCAUGUUGCAACGGCGGCGACGCACCCAGUCAAGGCACCGACAGCGAGACCACCAGCGGUUGCUCGGAGAUCCUGGCAACCUUGGGCGCACAACUCCAGGACAUAUUUGGCAUGGCAAGUGGCGCAAAGGCACUACCGGAUGGAACGUCUCGGGCAAUGGCAUUGGCGACCAUAACGACGACACUGAACAUGGCGUGCGGGUCAAGCGCAAUAUUGGUUUACGGGCAGAUGAUGAUUGGCUUGUUGGGAGUCCAGUCGAAGAUUGUGCAAGACCUCCUGGGUCUACUCCUGGCCCUGGCAAAACUGCUGGGCGUGGUGGCUGGGCUCGUCAUCGUGAAGCACUGUGAUCGUCGUCACCUGCUGGGCUUGGGGGGCGCAUCCUGCAUGGUUUGCCUGCUGGUGGCGACUGCCGGCACUUUCACAAAUCUCCUUCCCGUGGUCCUCGUUGGCCUGUGCGGCUUCCUGUUCUGCUUCUUCUGCUCCUGGGGCACGGCGACAUGGGUGGUGGUGGCCGAGCUGACCGCUGGCUUCGGCCCCAGGUAUGGCAACGCCUCUCAAGCAGCAGCGACCGCAGCGCUCUUCCUUGCCGGGUGGGUCGCAUAAAUACGUAACGGUGGCGGAUGUUUCCCCUAUUGUCUUGGAGAUGUUCGGCGACUACGGGCUGCUUCCAAAUGCGGCAGUCUGCCUUUGCAUGCUCCUGUUCAGCUUCCUGAUGCUGCCAGAGACGAGGGGCUGUUCCUUACAGGAGUGCGCCAUGAGGGUAGUUGGCACAGCAGUGCCAGCAGAUGCACCCAAGAAGACUACCAGCAGCAGCCAGCUCGUCAGCGUCUCUGAAUUGGAUCUUGAAUCAAAGCCGCCGGCAGAAGCAUGACCAUGAUACUACAUUCGCAGCCGCCACUGCGCACGGUGUAGUGGACAGUCUUAGCGGUCGGUUCGCGGGCGCAAGAUGUUAAAACUAACUAUGUACAGUACUCUGGAUGGGGCAACAAUUGCCAUCCCCUUGGAUGCACUGGGGGGGUUGGGCACGUGCUGUCGGAAUGGGCCCAGUCGGAAAGUUAAUCAACCCCCCUUGGUAAGGCAUCCAUCCAGUGUAUGUUUCGGGCGAAGGCCUGUGUGUACCUUAGUAUCUGCAAGUGCGGCUGCCACAAGCCAUGUACAUCGCAGACGCACGUGUCGUCGCUCUCGCUUCCUCAACUACUAGUACGACUGCUACUCCUUUCAAUAUUACUCUCACACAGAAGAAUUCUGAGCACAUUUACGAGAGGGUUGCAAUAUCGAUCGACACAUUUUUCGCCGAAGGCGUUGCGCGUGGCGGGUGCCGCGGCUGAACCAUUAUUAUCCUCUGUUGGUGGGGCCCGAGUCCUUCAACGAGGUCACCGGGAAAAUGAUUUGCUUCCAUUGUCGGGGGGGGGGCUCUAAUGACCCGUCCCGGUUAACCCUUCCUUCCUCAUCCUCCUCCUCCCUCCUCCCUCCUCCU